AGUCUCGGCUUUCCGAUGGCAUCAUUAGUUGCUCACAAUCGUACCAACGCUGAGUUGCGUUACUUGGGUGGCAGCACCUGUCCCACAGACAGCCAGUCUGAGCUGAGCUCGAGCAUAGAACUUCACUGUGAUAUGCGCGCCGGUUUGGGCAAACCAAUUUUACAGUUAAUCACCGAUUGCCAUUACCAAUUUGAGUGGGCAACAAACGUCAUUUGUCCAUCGCAUAUGUGCACUUUUAAUGAGGAGAAAUGUGAAAUAAUUAACGAUGAUAUUAACUAUAACUACGAAGUGAAAACGGCGCCAUUCACCAAUGAGGGUAAAAUGAAGAUUUCGAUUGGUAAGAGUGAUUUCACACUCGACAUUUGUGGUAAACACCGUAAGGCGGAGACAGAUUAUGCAGAGGGUUCGGUGAAUUUGUACUUCACCACGGAUGCGCCAUGUGGCAAAUCGAAUGUACAGCUGCGUUUAAUCUGUAGCGGCGACACAAAACAAGUCAUCAACUAUAAUAAUAUAUGCAUUUCAGUUGAGGAAAUUUUGAGAAAACUUGCAAUGGAGCUGUUUCCUCGUUGCGCAAUGUAUUUUUAACGGAUGUUGGCAUUCGAUUUGCAUUUCCUUGAAAGUAAUUUAUAGGGGAGAUGUCAAGAAAAAUAUUUACAACAUGCAAAUACAACUUUAUUUAAAAUAAAUUCAAAUUCAUUCACCAAUUUAUGCUGAGCGGCUUGAUGUUUUUACAUAAAAUGGAGAGAGCUACACUUUAUUCGAAGCCACCUCCGAAUGGAACGGUAGAUUUUUAUGGGGAACCUUUACUUCAUGUCAGAAACAGAUUCGGAGGAGACAUUCCCUGCAAGGAGCGACCGUUACUAAAAAAAAUAAAUAAAUUCCUUUUCUUUAAAUUAAUUUCAACAUUAGCAAAUCGUGAAAAUUUAUUACCAAAAUAAUAGCUCGGUUCUAUCUACCCAUCGCGCGCAGCGUCCAAUAUGCGGUCGACAGAGUCGGUGUUCGAGCAAAUCUAUACCGGCUCUGCUAGGCGAUUGAAUCGUUUCACACCAAGUUUACUCAGAGUUAUUCCAAAAAACGCUCCGAAAGCGAUAUUGCUGCUUGGAGAAUUGGAGCUGUGUCUAUCCACUUUAUGGUAAAUUUUGCGAGAGGAUCUUGGUUUGUGAGCUUAUGAAAUCCACCUAGUGUAAAAAUCGAUGCGGAAUGACUAUCAAGUGCAUCGGACGUCCGUUGAAUGGAACCAAAACGAAAUGGCCCACCAGCCCAAUUUUCACAAGAAAUUUUCGUUUAGCUGUGAAACGCACUUUUGGUUGAAUGGGCACGUUCAAUAGUCCCAUUUGGAGUGAUGAUAAUCCCCAUCCCAUUAUUGCGACGCCGUUUUAUCUUGGCUUUCUCUAUGCGUAGAGGGAAUCAUCGGUACAUACGUGUAUAUCUUUAAAAAUAAAGUCGACUAUAAUGCCACAGUCAAUGGAGAAUGCUAUAGAGCCAUUUUUAAAGAAUGCCUAAAUUGGAGAAUAUUGAAGUGGACAGCUUCUGGUUCCAACAAAACGAAAAAAUAAAUUUAUUGCAAGAAACUUUUGGUGAGUGCAUUAUCUCGCGUCUUGGGCCUUUGGCGUGGCCCUCAAGAUCGUCCGAUAUAACGCCUCUGGACUAUUGUUUGUGGGGCUAUGUGAAGUCGGUUGUGUACGCAGAAAAGCCUGAGACGGUUUACGCUUUUGCCACUGCCCUAUGGCUUCCCGAAAUGGUCGUUAAUGGGCCUCCAGCUGGAAUCAUUAUAAAAACAUUAUAGCAAACCUUAUCCGUACAAUAAAGCUUAACUUUUGGCCAUGACAUUAAAGAAUAUGGGCGUUUUUUCUUCUUGAGACCCGCAUAUCUGAAGGAAGACUCUUUAUGAAUUCAGCCAAGUUAACUUCAGCGUUUACUGAUUCUUCUUAAAAGUAGGCACAGCCUACGCCUUUACAGACAAGUUUACAAUAGCAGGUUAUUUGUACAGUGAGUUGCGAGAAAUCAAGUGAGACCAGGAAUUCCAGCAGAAAUUGCUUGCACAUCAAUGCAUUUUGCGCCCUAACUCGUAGCAUAGCUGCUUCGUUUUGCGAAUCAAGCUCUGGCGACAUCAGAAGAUUCCCUGUCACGGUCGUGUGGGUGGUAUUUUCUCAGGCUUUCAGUUUCUUCAUCUUCAUACUGGUGCAGCAUAGCUUCUGACCGGCCGGCCAAUUGUCUUGUAGGUUGACAUAAUCGUUUCAUUGCCUUUUCCCCAGUGGCCGCCGUCUUACGAUUUGAUGAUUUUGUUGGUGUCUCAGGACAACUGCAGGCGUAUGCAGAAUGAAGGAGUAAUCGGAAUUUUAACGCCAUCAACUUUCACAUGGAGCUCACGCUCGUACUUCUCCAAUUGGAGUCUUGCAGUGAAGUAGUGGCAAAGGUUGUCGAGAUAGCAGUCCACUUUGGAACACAAGUCAUCAAUAUCUUGGACAGACGCCAAUAUCGAGCAAUUAUCGGCAUAUGAGACCAGUGAAACACCUUUCGGUGGAGUAGGUAUAUAAACGUUAAGCAGUAGUGGGGUGAGGAUACCAGUCUGUGGAAUCGCUUGUUAAAUAAUUCUGUAGUUCGAUGUUUGACCUCGGAACUCUACCGAUGAUUGACGACCAUUCAGGUAGCCCGUGGGACACCGCUUCAACCAACGGUGGUAAAGAGGAUUAAUCAAUGGCCGUUAGUAGCACUGAAUAGGUGAGCUUGCUAAAAGCUUUGGGCAUAUUCAGUGCUACUAUCCAAUGGCUAUCGCUCUGGUAACAUUAGUACUCAAAACUAGUCUUUUGUUGUGCUAACGAAUUUCUGAUUAUUAUUGUAAUUGCAUUUCAGAGAACUUCCAUUGACGAUAUUUC